UAUUCACUGUUUAGACAUUGGUACAAAUUACUAAAAAAUGAACAAGAUCGUUCUGUGGUUUGCAGUCAUCUGCAGUAUACAAUAUGGCUGCGCUUUUUUAACUCCAGAUAAACUUGGUGCACAUAUAAACAAGAUCCGCAAAUCUGUCCACACCAACUGUAAACUACUGACAGGUGUCACUGAAGACCAAAUAGAUCAAUUAAGAGAAGGAAAUUUCGAUCAAGGAGAUGAAGUUAAGAACUAUGCAACUUGCGCUUGGCUCCAAGCCAGAACGAUCAAUAAUAAAUUUGAACUGGAUCCAUCCAUGUUAAACUAUUACAUGCCAAAUAACAAGGAUCUUUACUAUGAAUAUUUUAAAUGUGAUGAGAAAGUAAAAGACGCUAAACUAGAAUUUAAAGAAAAAGUCUGGAGUAUCAUGAAAUGCCUUCACAAACUCGAUUCAGAGAACUUCAUAUUAUUCUAGCAUCACAGGAAAAUUAACGCUGAUUAUCACUAAAAAAUCACUAAAAAAUUCUUUUGUAACGUAAUAAAUUAAUUAAAAUAAAU